GUUCAUAGUAAUGCAUCGUGUGCAUGUGGAGUGGAAAGUUGGGUUUAAGUACAUAGCAGGUGUACAUUGUUACUCAUAAUACUCUCACUCUGUUACUGGUUACUGUGGCAUCUGGGCAACAUCUUGGCAUAUGAAGACGGUGGAUACAUCGGUAGAGGGUGAUUGUGUAGGGGCGCGUUCACUCACACAGAUCUACGUAACCUUCAGUACCUAUGUACUUGUUGACUUGCCCUGAUUGGAAGGUGUAGUGGUGUGAGGUAACAUUGGACCUCAAUUGACAGGCAUAUCCUCGGGCUCAUCCAUUCAACGUUCGCCAUCUUGACCUGGGCACGCGCAGCAUUCCCAGAGGUCAAUCUUUAGCCUGGGAAUCCCCGUCUCGGUAAAUAACCCAUCGCGGAUGCCAGUCAACUCCUAGCGCAACGGCUUCACACGAAAUCGAUGUUCCUACGUCUGCAAAGACAAGCCCACAUUCCACGAGCAAUUUCUAAAUUUGAAUAAGAAAUGUCUAGGAACAGAUCCAACAACAAUAAUUCAGAAGUGUAAUCUACAACUGAUGGGAUUCGUCUGCUUGAACUAUUACUGAGCAUGCGCGCUGACCUUCGCUGAGGUGAGAUCGUAUGAUCAGCCAAGAGUGGUAUAAUAGGAUCAUAUCGCGUGCUGUCCAUACUUCACAGAGGAGAGGCGGAGUUUAUAGGGCAGCCCAGUAGCAGACGACACAGAAAGCAGACGAUACAGAAAGCAGACGACAGAAAGCAGACGACAGCGCUUUGAGAAUUGUUACCGUGAUCAUCACCUAGCGUCGACCCUUGUCGGAUUCCACUGGAGAGCCACGGUAUCUCAGUUGUGACUCACACCUCGCUCCGUAUUCACCUUCUCAUUCUUCAUGGAAUAGCGCUCACCGUCACUUGUCUUGAGGCACCCCUGAGACAGUCCUUCGGAACCACGCCCAACUAAAUCUGUACUUCAGCUGUUUUCGACGGUAACUGACAUGACAGAAGCCACUCACCGGAAGUCAAGCCAAAUGGGCAAGGAGGACGUGCUCCAGAACGGUUUCCAAGGUUACAAGGAGGGAUACGAAACACUCUCCCAGAAUAAGUGGAUGCUGAAGCUCCGCCAUGUUCUGCAAACAACCAUCUGCCCUCUGUUGCUUACCCUCACCACCCCAAAUUUCGUCAUCAUCCUGUGGUAUACAGCAGUGCACUCCGAUGGCAGUUACAGCAAGAUGGCGAACGUCUUCCAGGGCAGAUCCAUCCUGGGAGGUCUGCUGUACAUGUGGAGUCAAGUCCGACCCCACAGCACUGUGAUUUCUGCAAUACUUGUCGUAUACAGCAUAUAUGCUCUCGUCACGAUGAAGCUCCUCCCAGGCAAGACUGUGUAUGGACCUUUGACCCCCAAGGGCAAUGUACCCGUGUAUAAGGAUAACGGCUUCACGUUUUUCAUCCUCACUAUGGUGCUAUUUGUUGCGAUUACAGCAUUCCUGAAGCAACUUGGUAUGACCCCAACAAUAAUAUACGACCAGUUUGACACGGUACUAUCAACCCUGAAUAUUUUCAGCCUUGUAUUUUGUUUAUUCCUAUACGUAAAGGGCAUAGUUUCCCCCUCCUCGACUGACUGUGGGGCAACAGGUAAUUUCAUUUUUGACUAUUACUGGGGAACGGAAUUAUACCCAAGAAUCUUUGGCUAUGAUAUUAAGGUUUUUACCAACUGUCGGUUUGGUUUGAUGGUCUGGGCUCUUUUGGUGUCGAUAUUCGCCCUUAAAAGUUACGAGUUGCACGGAUUUGUUGACAGUAUGUUUGUGUGCUGCACACUCCAACUUGUUUACCUGGCCAAAUUCUUCUGGUGGGAGGCUGGAUACAUGAGGACCAUUGACAUCAUGCUUGACCGAGCUGGCUACUACAUCUGCUGGGGCUGCCUGGUGUUUGUGCCAGGGUUCUACACGUCGGUAAGCCUCUACCUCGUCAACCAGCCCGUCAUUCUCGGACCGUGGCUGACAACGUUCUUCCUCACAUGUGGUAUGCUCUCCAUCUACAUCAACUACGACGCCGACAACCAGAAACAGGCAGUGCGGGGCGCUGACGGCAACUGCGUUAUCUGGGGGCGCAAGGCCGAGGUAAUUCGUGCAAAGUAUCAACUUGAGAGUGGAGAAGAACGGGAGAGCAUCCUCCUUGCAUCCGGCUGGUGGGGCUUCUCCAGGCACUUUCACUACAUCCCCGAGAUCCUCCUGGCUUUCUUCUGGUCAGUGCCCGCCCUCUUCGUCAACAUCAUGCCCUUCUCCUACACCAUCUUCCUCACCUUCUUGCUGAUACAUCGCAGCUACCGAGAUGAGGCCAAGUGUUGUCAGAAGUACGGCACCUUUUGGGUGGAAUACUGCAAGAGGGUGCCCCAAAAGAUUGUCCCGUACCUCUUCUAAACACACGUGGCUGUUGUUUCAUCGAAAAUGUGUUCCUGAUUAAAUAAACAAUACGGUGUAGUAGUAUUUUUCAAUUCUCGGUUUGUGACAGUUUAUCUGUCGAGGCACAACCACAAACUAUAUGUGUUCAUUCAAAGGAGGACGCUUAGGCAAUCACUGAACACACAAAUACUAUCUACGUUGACUUUUACGUGAACUGUCACCGUGUUGUGCUGGAUACCCGCCAAAGAUUUAUCAACUUCUUGCCUUACCACCAUCGUAUAUUGGUUCUAGGUCAUUCGAUGCGCACAAGUUUUAUCAUUGUUGGUUAUCAGGUUAACGUUGUACAAUGUGCACGAACGCAAAACUCUGGGUUAACGGUUGUGUUAGCUCACCUGGAUCAAAUAUCCAGUGUCGGAAUACUCGUCCGUCGUCGGACUUUCCAAGUUGAUGGUUGUUUACAUUCAAUUAUAUAGGUCACUUAGGCCCAUCCACGUAACGGACGUCUGUAGUAGACACUGACAUUACAUCCACGUUGCGGACGUCUGUAGUAGACACUGACAUUACAUCUACGUUACGGACGCCUGUAGUAGACAAUAACAUUACUUCUACGUUACGGACGCCUGUAGUAGACAAUAAUAUUACAUCUACGUUACGGACGCCUGUAGUAGACAAUGAUAUUACAUCUACGUUACGGACACCUGUAGUAGACAAUGAUAUUACAUCUACGUUACGGACGCCUGUAGUAGACAAUGAUAUUACAUCUACGUUGCGGACGCCUGUAGUAGACAAUGAUAUUACAUCUACGUUACGGACGCCUGUAGUAGACAAUGAUAUUACAUCUACGUUACGGACGCCUGUAGUAGACAAUAAUAUUACAUCUACGUUACGGACGCCUGUAGUAGACAAUAAUAUUACAUCUACGUUACGGACGCCUGUAGUAGACAAUGAUAUUACAUCUACGUUACGGACACCUGUAGUAGACAAUGAUAUUACAUCUACGUUACGGACGCCUGUAGUAGACAAUGAUAUUACAUCUACGUUGCGGACGCCUGUAGUAGACAAUGAUAUUACAUCUACGUUACGGACGCCUGUAGUAGACAAUGAUAUUACAUCUACGUUACGGACGCCUGUAGUAGACAAUAAUAUUACAUCUACGUUACGGAUGCCUGUAGUAGACAAUAAUAUUACAUCUACGUUACGGACGCCUGUAGUAGACAAUAAUAUUACAUCUACGUUACGGACGCCUGUAGUAGACAAUGAUAUUACAUCUACGUUACGGACGCCAGUAGUAGACAAUGAUAUUACAUCUUCGUUACGGACGCCUGUAUUGCAUGCGACUGCAAUUGUGAAAACGCAACGCAUCGUUGGAUGCACAAUUGUGUAAACAUUUGAUCAAGUCGUGUCUAAGCAGAUGGUUUUCAGGGAACUUAUGUGCUAUUGUGGCAUAAGCUUGCACCAUCACACAUGUACACAAGUUUCAGCAGUGACACAGCUGACUAAGCAAAAAUGAUGAGUCCGCCAUCUGUAUCGAUCCCAUUGUCACCAGCUCUCAUGGCUUUAUCCUUCUCAUUACACAUCUUGCAUAUUUUAUCUUUGUUUCCAUAGCAACGAUUAUCAAUGAGCAUAAACCGUAACCCAAGCUAGAACGUCACGUACUUGUGUGCGACCCGGGACCGACAGGGUGUCUCAGAUUCAAAGUUUACGACCGAUACAAUUGAUAACCCAUCUCGCGGUGGUCUGGUGUCGCAAGACCUUGCGUUAAUGUGCUGCUGCUGCUGCUGCAAAAACCAAGACUAAUAUUUGAACUUUUUGUCAAUACGCUGUGGUAUGCGUACGCGUGUCCCUGGCCUGGUUCUGAUCGAACCUCAUAACGAACAUUGGCAUCAUAUUGUUCCUGGCAGAUGGUAUGGUGAUUCCUGUUCAGGAAUGUAUCCGACAGAGACUGACUAACCCCAUCCAUGAAUGUCUUCCCCAGACGGACAGAUGGAUGACAAAUUCAGCCCAUGGAUGUACCAGAUGGACAGAUAAAUAAUAUGACAAGCCUCGUCUGUAUAUAUCACUGACAGAUUGACAGAUGGUACGAUAAUCCCCUCGAUAUUCUGGAAGACAGGUGACCCGUUUCUAUUUCUUGUGUACCUGAUUCCAUUUCUUAUCGAUUUUUAUAUCGAUAAAUAGGUUAUUGCUCCGGACGGGUUUGGGUUUUCCUCGUGUUUUUUUUCAAAUACGGUACAUUUUGUUAAUUGUAAAUAUUUCAUAUACGACCUCGGUGAAAAUUUAAUGGUAUUGUUGGUAUCGGGUAGAGUGGUAUUUCGUGGGAAUGGGGGAUUCUUGGAUAAAACAACUCCAAUACAUUGUCAGAUGUAUAUUCUAGUCCCAAAUACCUCAUUACCUAUGUCGCACCUGCAACUGUAUAGAGUCCAGGGCCUCGUUCAACAAAGCGAUCUUAGCGCUACGACUAUCCUAAGCCUAUGUUAAAGUAUGGGAGUUACGAUCAUCUUAGCGCUAAGAUCACUUUAUGGAACGGGGCUCAAGACGAUUCAGAUUCAGAGCAACUAAAUGUGCAAUAAGUAUACAUGGUUUAUUUCCAUGAGCUGUGGAUUGACCUACGAGACAUAUACCACUAGUCCCAUCUGCAAUAUCUACAGUGUUAUCAGUGGGUUUCCAUGACUUCCGCCAAUCGAAGAUGGAGUUCCCGGACUCCUUGAGUGUGAGGUCGGGCAGCUGCUGAGAAAUAUGCGAUAAGCUGUUGUCCACUCAGGGUGAAUAAAUGCAAGAAUUGAUAAACAGAUUUAUAAAUGCAUUAACAUUCAUCCAAUAUCGUUUUUUGUGAUCAAUAUCGUCUUGCAUGUAUAUUACAUAUUUUCUGUAUAUAAAAGAAUUGAAAG